AUCAAAUAAAUAUUAAUCUGCCAAAAUGAUCAUAAUUCAACUAACAUAAGACUUACUAAAAUAAUAUUUUAAAGUAGGAAGUAUUUUAAAACCAUAAAUAUUCAUGAAUUAAGUCCUAAUUAACUAAUUCCGGUGUUUAUAGUCAAUUAAUCAUUGAUCAGAUGAGUAGUACCGGUGAAAGGUAUCGGUCUGAAUCAUCUGAUGGUCGAGGAGGCAGUCAUUACUACGCUACUUUAUUUUGUCUCCACCGGCUCCAUAAUGGCUUAUUGGCUUGAAUGAGUCUAUCCAUUUAUCUUUUCUCAUUUUAGUUGGAAAUCUAAUAUGUGUGGCAUUGCCAUCAUCUUCGUCAAUCUGCACAUGAAAGGUUAUUUGUUUUCGUCUUCAACCUCUGAAAUUUCAAACUUUCCCCAUCAAACCGUUUCAUCUCUCAUUCCCAAUGACUUUGCUCUUCUUCUCCAGCCUUCAAAAUUCAGCGACUCUCUCAAACUUUGAUUCCCAAGUCAAUAAACAAUCUGGGGUUCUCCACAAAAUUGACCAAUUCCAUAUCUCUUAUUUAUAAUUAAGUAAUAACAAUUGAGUUCAAAAGCUGACCCCAUGUUUAAUCCUUGUUUGGAGCUUUGUUUUUCUUACAAGCUCACAUGGCUAUUGCAGCUCCUCUGACUCUUCUUUCUGUGUUCCUCUUUUUGUUAGCUCAUUCUGUGCAGUCUUCAUUUCUCUACCAUGGAUUCAACGAUACACCACUUGAUCUGGAAGGAGCUUUUGUUGUGAAACCAUCUGGUGCGUUGAGGCUCACCAAUACAUCGCAUUAUGUUAUCGGCCACGCAUUCCAUCCGACUUCAGUCCAGAUGUUUUAUAGAAGUUCCGACUCAUUUCCGAAUGUUUCAUCCUUCAGCACAACUUUUGUUUUUGCAAUCGAUCCUUCAAGCCCCGGCCAAGGCGGAUACGGCUUGGCCUUUGCCAUAGCUCCAUCAACCCAAUUUGCAGAUGUAGACAGUGGACACUUUCUUGGAUUGUUCAAAUCUUCCAACAAUGGUAACCCUUCAAACCAUAUAUUUGCUGUUGAAUUUGACACUGUAAAUGGGCAUGACGAAGAAAGGAACACCGAAGGAAACCAUAUUGGGAUCAACAUCAAUGGCAUUUCAUCAGUUGCAUCCAAACCUGCUUCUUAUUCCGACUAUGGUGAAGCUAAUGAACACGACCUGCAAAUUGAUUCAGGCGAUCGUAUCAUUGCUUGGAUUGAAUAUGAUGGCCCCAAGAGAAUAGUGAACGUCACAAUAGCUCCCUCGAAGCGCCAGAAAAAACCAACAAAGCCACUCCUUUCCCAUCCGAUUGACCUGACACCUAUUCUAAAGGAACAAAUGUUCGUCGGAUUCUCAGCUUCAACCGGAGAUAAAACAAGCUCUCAUUACAUUUUGGGAUGGAGUUUUGCAGUGAAUGAACCAGCACUUCCCCUGAAUUACUCUCUUAUUCCCUACCCACCAAAAGAGCAAGAUUCUGUUUCUUCACCACCCAACUCCCACUUCAAGGUUUUUAUAGCAGUUAUUUCUGUUGUAGCCAUUCUAGGGAUUCUUUUCUUAGCUUUCUGGUAUAGAAAAAAGAGGCAUACUGAGAGGCUUGAGGAUUGGGAAAGAGACUGUCCUCACAGAUUCCACUACAGAGACCUCUACACAGCAACAAAAGGAUUUAAAAGUAGCGAGCUAAUUGGAAUUGGGGGGUUUGGCUCAGUGUACAAAGGUCAGAUACGUUCAACUGGAAUUGAGAUUGCAGUGAAGCGAGUAAGAAGAAACUCAGGCCAAGGAAUGAAAGAAUUCGCAGCAGAAAUCGAAAGCUUGGGACGAUUAAGACACAAGAACUUGGUGAAUCUCCAAGGAUGGUGCAAGAAAAAGAACGAUCUGCUCAUAGUUUACGAUUAUAUUCCAAAUGGAAGCCUCUAUUCUCUUCUGUAUCAUCCAAAAAACAACAACAUAUUGAAUUGGAAACAAAGAUUCAACAUCCUUAAAGGAAUUGCAGCAGGAUUAUUGUACCUCCACGAAGAGUGGGAGCAAGUAGUGAUCCACCGAGAUGUAAAGCCAAGCAAUGUUCUAAUAGACGCCGACAUGAAUCCUCGAUUGAGCGAUUUCGGUCUAGCCAGGCAAUACGACCACGACGAAGCAUCGCACACGACUGGCGUCGUCGGCACGAUCGGCUACAUAGCGCCGGAGUUGGUUCGGACAGGGAAGGCGUCGAAAAGCACGGAUGUGUUUGGGUAUGGAGUUUUGCUUCUGGAAGUGGCUUGUGGAAGAAGACCUCUGGAAUCGGAACAGUUCAUACUGGUGGAUUGGGUGAUGGAGCAGUAUGAAAAGGGAGGGAUUCUUGAUGCGGCUGAUCCAAAGUUGAAUUCGGUUUAUGAGGCUGAGGAGAUGGAGAUGGUUCUGCAAUUAGGACUUCUUUGUACUGACCAGAGACCAGAAGCUCGGCCGACGAUGAGACAGGUGACAAGAAUCCUUCACGGAGACGAUGACCUUCCGGCGGUGGACGGCUGGGCUUGUUCUCAAAGUUACUCCAAAUAUAACUCAAGAAUGACUGAAGUAAUUUCAGCGACGUCUUACCUUUCGUCCUCCAUUGGCGCUAUUUCUUCUAGUUCCAUAGAUGCAGGCCGGUAGUUAACGAUUUACUUCUAUUUUGUAUUUUCUUUUUAGUUUUUUAUUUAGACAUGUUUGUUAUUAGUGCAUCGUAUCCAAAAGUUUUAAAUAGGGUUAAGUUGAAGAAUAAUGUAUCUUUUUAAAUAAUGACAAAAAUAUGGUAUAUUGGAAAAAAAA